GUGUGUGUGUGUGUGUGUGAGAUAAUGAGGUUGACAGUAUCACUCACUACGUCGUGCUACGACGUAGUGGCGAGAAUGGGAAGUGGUAUCUCCCUGCCUCUUCCUGCCGCGCUCGAGAACGCCGCUCGCAACCUACGGACGCGCACACGCAUCUCUUGACGCCACGCGGCGGUGUGACUGCCAGUGGAAAAGAAAAAGUCAUUAGUCAUACGAGUUUCUGCAGGGUUCCAACUCUCGACGGGUGGUUUUCCUGCGUCCCCUGGGAUGCGUAUAAAAAAAGGGCCGGCGACAUGUCGAUUGUCACUUCCAGAAAAACGUACAAACUUCUUACCACCUGCUCGCUGCUGCCGCGUACUCGGACGUCAACAUGAAACUUGUUGUUGUGUGCCUUCUCGCAGUUUGUUGCGCUUCUUUCGCCAGCGCCACCGGUGUGACACUGGAGAGGAGAAAACUGCUUGAAGUCGUGAAGCAACUCGGCGAUGUCAAAGACUCGCUAGAGCGCAGAGAGCUGCUGGUGAACACGCCGCCGCAGAAUAUUGAGGACUGUUGCUGUCUCUCAGCAUUACGAUGCUUCCGGGCAAGCUUGCAUGUGCAGUUCAACGUGACAGAAAGAAAACAAGACAAACUUUACCGAAGCCUCAAGCACCCCAUCACUGAGAGGGCUCUGGACUUUUGCAAAACAGGAAAUGCUGUGUCCACCUGCGAAACGUGUGAUUCACAACCGAAGGCUACCGCUCCAGAAUUCGUCAAAAGACUGGAGUCCCUCAUUCAAAGGGCUAUCAGCAGACUGAGUGACAACUGAGCAGACAGAAGGUUCAAGUCCAGAUAAAAGAAAUGAAGACACUAUGCUAAGAAGACGCCCAUAAAACAAGCUGUGGCCUAUUUAUUUCACUUAUUUAUUUCUGAUUCUGAAAAGACAAGUUCCUAAAACGCUGCUUCAACGCCCUCUGGUGGGCUUGACAUUCGGUUUGCUUCAUUGUCAAAUUUUCAUUCAUUUAAAUGUGAGAUUCAACAAUAAUGUCUGAUGUGAUUUGUACUAUGUAUGAAGGCAUCAAUACGAAGGUUGUUUUUACUGACAUUUAUAUCAAUAUUUAUAGAAAAUAAAAACUAACUUAAGAU